AUGGCCUUCAAUGACCUCCUGAAGCAGUUGGGGGGCAUCGGCCGCUUCCAGAAGAUCCAAGUCACUCUGCUGCUCCUCCCCCUGCUGCUGAUGGCCCCCCACAACAUCCUACAGAACUUCACGGCCGCCAUCCCCGCCCACCACUGCCGCCCGCCGGCCAGCGCCAACCUCAGCAAGGACGGGGAGCUGGAGGCCUGGCUGCCCCGGGACAGGCGGGGGCGGCCCGAGUCCUGCCUCCGCUUCACCUCCUUGCAAUGGGGACCACCCUUCCCCAAUGGCACCGAGGCCAACGGCACAGAGGCCACAGAGCCCUGCCCCGAUGGCUGGAUCUACGACAACAGCACCUUCCCUUCCACCAUCGUGAGUGAGUGGGACCUUGUGUGCUCCCACAGGGCCUUGCGCCAGCUGGCUCAGUCCCUGUACAUGGUAGGGGUGCUUCUCGGAGCCAUGGUGUUCGGAUACCUGGCAGACAGGCUGGGCCGCCGGAAGGUGCUGAUCUGGAACCACCUGCAGACAGCGGUGUCAGGGACCUGCGCAGCCUUUGCCCCCAGCUUCCCCAUCUACUGUGCCUUCCGGCUCCUCACGGGCAUGUCCAUGGCUGGCGUCUUGCUCAACAGCAUAACCCUGAAUAUGGAGUGGAUGCCCAUCCACACUCGGGCUUAUGUGGGCGCCAUGGCUGGCUAUUUCUACAGCCUGGGCCAGUUAGUCCUGGCUGGAGUGGCCUAUGCUGUGCCCCACUGGCGCCACCUGCAGCUGCUGGUCUCUCUGCCUUUCUUCGUCUCCUUCAUCUACUCCUGGUUCUUCAUCGAGUCAGCCCGCUGGUACUCCUCCUCCGGGAGGCUGGACCUCGCCCUGAAGACCCUUCAGAGAGUGGCCCAGAUCAAUGGGAAGCAGGAUGAGGGGGCCAAGCUAAGUAUGGAGGUCCUUCGGUCCAGUGUGCAGAAGGAGCUGACCCUGGGCAAAGGCCAGGCCUCGGCCAUGGAGCUGCUGCGCUGCCCCACCCUGCGCCCCCUCUUCCUCUGCCUCUCCCUGCUGUGGUUUGCCACUAGCUUCUCCUACUACGGGCUGGUCAUGGACCUGCAAGGCUUUGGGGUUAGCAUCUACCUCAUUCAGGUAAUCUUCGGAGCUGUGGACCUGCCUGCCAAGCUUGUGAGCUUCCUUGUCAUCCACAACCUGGGCCGCCGACCUGCCCAGGUGGCCUCACUGCUUCUGGCUGGCAUCUGCAUCCUGGUCAAUGGGGUGUUACCCCAGGAUCAGUCCAUUGUCCGAACCUCCCUUGCUGUGCUGGGGAAGGGCUGCCUGGCUUCCUCCUUCAACUGCAUCUUUCUAUACACUGGGGAGCUGUACCCCACAGUGAUUCGGCAGACAGGCCUAGGGAUGGGCAGCACCAUGGCCCGAGUGGGCAGCAUCUCGAGCCCGCUGGUGAGCAUGGCCGCCGAGCUCCUCCCCUCCCUGCCUCUCUUCGUCUACGGUGCGGUCCCCGUGGUGGCCAGCAUUGUCACUGCCUUCCUGCCGGAGACCCUGGGCCAUCCCCUGCCGGACACAGUGCAGGACUUGGAAAACAGGUGA